AAUUCAAAAGUUGUCCCUAUAGUACGUAUCGAUUUAUUGCAGGCCCCCUUCUUCACGAAGUAUCGAUUUGUUUUUUAACUUUUAUUCCGCGGUUUAUUGUACAGUAUAACACACAGGUUAUAGCAUUUGAUGUCUGUACAUGCAGUGACAAUGUUAACAUGGAUAUGCUUGUGCUUCUUGUAAGAUUACUAAAUUUUAGCUGAGAAUAUUAUCAACACAGCCCUAAUUGGAAAUACUUCGCAAGUUCAGAGUGAGGAUAUUAAGCAUCUUGAUUUAGUAUGAAUACCCCAACCUUGUCAUAAAGGACGUCAGAGGCAGUAGAUGUGAAUUUUGUCAUCGGUGGAGAAUCGCGCUACUCGGAGUGUCGAGUGUCAGGGUUCGCAACCGAACGCACUUGGAAACCAGAGACAAAAAAACAUUGACUCACCGAUACUUAUACCACAGACUGGCCAGGAUAUUAUUGUUUGAAAAUGCUAAGAAACGGUCUCUCCACACUGAGGAGGGAUAGAACAAACGCGCACAGAAUCAUUCCAUUAUGCGCAAUCCUUUGCGCAUGCGCAAUAUUACUCCUCAUCCGCAGCGGGAAGGUACCGUCAGUGCUGACGAUCGGUAAACGCGCUACCGCGUCGGAAAGUAUUUUGCGGGAUGCGCGCAAUAAACGAUACUUUUACAACCGCACCGCGAUACGCUUCAAGAAAACAUCGGAGGUGCGGCAAUGCUACCAUCUCUCGCGUUCUAUGAGAAACCAACUCCUGGACGUUGAAAGUCGAGACGACAUCGGAUGCAAGCAACGGGUACCUGACGUCAUCGUAGUUGGCGCGAAGGAAGGCGGAGAAGAAAGUCUUCGUUUUUUCCUUGAUAGACAUCCUUCUGUAAUGUUCCAUUCGACGGACACAAUCCGUUACUUCGACAGACCAACUUUCCGCCGAGUUAAAGGAAUGCCAUGGUACAUGGAGAAAAUGCCAUACACGUCCCCUGAUCAGGUCACCGUCGAAAUGGGCUCGGACUACUUCGCUAGCAGCACCGCACCCGACGGCAUCCGAAAUGACAUCGUGCCAAAGCCGAAGUUGAUCGUCAUAAUUCGGGAUCCAGUGAAGCGCGCACUGUUGGAAUACCACUCUGCCCAUUCUGUUACAGGGGAAGUUAAAAACAAAGGGUGGGUGAAAAACACAAAACGGUAUCCAUAUCUUGAUAGUUUACAUCAAAUCGACGAGUCCUUCACAAAGACCGUCAUGAGCGAUGGGGGCGACAUUCAUACUUGGAACGGUGUCGUCAACGUCGGCAUGUACGUGAUUCAUCUUCGGAGGUGGUUUGAAUGGUUCGGUCGUUCGCAGAUAAUGACGGUCGAUGGCGAUCGGUUGGAAACCGAUCCGAUACCGGUACUCCAGGCUGUCGAAGACUUCAUCGGUGUGCCGCGCUACUUCGAAAACUCCGCAGUUGCAUUCGACAAGCGUUCUAAGUCAUAUUGUUUGGUAAGACCCUUUAGCCUGUGCCCUCCGUCGAAACCAUCAUACCCUUCGCCCGAUCAGAACACGGUUAAUGCAUUACGAUCUUUCUAUCACCGGUACGACCGCCAGUUAUACCAGAUGUUGGGUAGUAACUUUACUUGGUUUAAAGACUCGUUAUUCGUCAACAAAACCGCGUUCUCUCUUUCGGAGGUACAGCAGACAGCGGAGGAGGAAGAUCCUAUUCAAGAAUCAUCAGACCAGCUGGUUGAAGACGAGAAUCAAUGAAUAUAAUUUUAUCAUAGUUGAUUUUUAUGAGACCUAGGCAAUCUGGGUGUUUCAUAAAGCUGUUCGUAAAGUUACGCACAACUUUACGCACGACUGGAACAUGUUCUUAGGUCAUAAAUGAAUUACAUAGGGAUAUCAUAUAGCACAAGAAAUGGUCACCAGUCGUGCGUAAAGUCAUUCGUAUCUUACGAACAGCUUUAUGAAACACACACCAGGCAUUUCAGUUGAAGACAAUCAUGAAUUUACUAAACUUUUGAUAACAAUAUAGGCCUACAUGCAGGCAUACGAACUCAUAAAAUAAUGGUCGGUGGAAUCUAACCCAAACAAAAACGUGUUUAAAGGCUUAUAGUCAGAGACAUGUUGGUAAAACGUACAAAUCUGACAGAUAUUAAGAAAAGUGUGAAUCUAUAAGCUACAGGACUGUUGUAAUCACUAUUGGUCAAUCAUAUUAGCCACUUAGUGUAAUGUAAUUUUGUUGCAAAGAAGAAAACAAACAGCACACUUAGCAAUGCCACGCUAUGUACACUUCGUACAGGUGCAGCAUUGCAACUUUCUAGUAUGAAAAUUUAAUAUGUGAAGUUGCAUCUCCAUGGUAAAGGUACUCCAAUACAAGACAGUGCAAAGGGGCACCUAUUAAGGAACCCCAAGACCAGAAAGGUACAGAUUUAAUUGGACCUAUCAAGGUAUUUCAAAGUUCAGAAAGGUACAGACUUGCACCUAUCAAGGAAUUCCAGAGUCCAAAAGGUACAAACUUGCACCUAUCUCAAGUUAUUCAAAGUUCAAAAGGAUACACUAAUUUGCACCUAUCUCAAGGUAUUCAAAGUUCAAAACGAUACAAAUUUGCACCUAUCAAGGUAUUCAAAGUUCAGAAAGGUACAAAUUUGCACAUAUCAAUGAAUUCCAAAGUCCAAAAAGUACAAACUUGCACCUAUCAAGUUAUUAAAAGUCCAAAAGGUACAAAAUUGCACCUAUCAAGGUAUUCCAAAGUCCAGAAAGAUACAAACUUGCACCUAUCAAGGUAUUCAGACUUCAGAAAUAUACAAAUUGCACCUUUCAAUGUAUUCAAAGUUCAGAAAGGUAAGAAUUUGCACCUAUCAAGGUAUUCCGAAGUCCAGAAAUAUACAGAAUUAAUGCCCCUAUCGAUGUAUUCAAAGUUCAGAAAGAUACAAAUUUGCAGCUAUCAAAGUAUUCCAAACUCCAGAAUCAUAUGGUACAAAUUUGCACCUAUCAUGGUAUUCCAAAAUCCAGAAAGGUACAUAUUUGCAACUUUCAAGGUACUCCAAGACCAGAUAUAGGUGCAAUUAAAAUUGCACCUAUCAUGGUCCGGAAAAGUAGAAAGUUAUCAAGGUACUCGAAUUAGACCAGGAGGGUGCAAAUUAAAGUUGCACUUAUUUAAGGUAAUCCAAUACCAGAAAAGUGUCAUGCUGCACCUAUUUAUGGGUACUCCAAUUAGGAGCAUGAAAAAUACAAAGUUGCACCCAGUCUGACUUUGUGUGUAUAGCUGGAUGUAUGUGCAUAUUAAUAUGUGCAGGCUAAUCUACGAUUAUUAUUUUUUUAUACUUGUUCCCCCAUCCAGUUUUCUGUUUUCAAAAUUAAAGUAAAAUUUAUACCAUGGUCAUAAACUUAGAUCAGUCUACUAACUCUUUAUAACUGACAACUUAUGUCAUCGGGACCUGCAUGCAGUUAUAAAAGAUUGCUUUUAUACAUGUGUAUAGGUAUAGUUCUCAUCAUAUUUUUCUGACUCAAAUAUUUUUUUGUGACUAAUUUAGGCUUGAUCUAUUUUCUAUAUGAUUUAUUUGUAAUUUCAUAUUAUGCAUUAUUUGUUUAUAUGAAACAUAAUAUAUAUGAAGAAAAAUCGAGAAAUAUGAUAAAAAUAAAACAAAUGAAACUGCUGCACCUUUAAAAACAAACUUUUUACUUUUUAAUAUAUUGGGUAUAUUUCAAGGACAGUCGCUCCAUUUGCACUAUUGAAAAAAUGGCUAAAAUUUAUUUAAAAAAAGGAGCUUUGACUGAUUUUAAAUCAUGCACUCAUGAAUAUUUAUUACAUCAGUAAAUGACAAAAAUUUUAGGUAAUAUAGCUAUAACAAUUAACGUAUUCAUGUUUAUUCAAUAUUUCCACCAUGAAAAGUUUAAAAAAAGUAUGUGGUUCGAUUACCAUAUCAUUUCAAUCAAAACAUGUUAUUCUAAGUGAAAUUUUCAAGGUUACAUAAUAUGAAAAUUGUUAGUAACCGUAGCCCGCCAAGUAUAGCAAAGUUGUUCUAUAAAUAGGAGUCAAUGACAGGACUCAGUGGAUUGGUGUACGAUGUUAGGAUUAGGAUGUACGAUUAAAUGAUAGGAUAAAUAAGAUAGAAUGAUUAGGGAUCGAGUAAAGAGUUGUAAAGGUGAACUUCACCUUGAAAUCAAUAAAUGUUAAACAGUUUCCAUCA